AUGGACUUGCCAUGGCCGGGCUACGCUGCACACGUGGUGGAGCACUUUGUAGCUCUCGGGAGGCUCCGAGCUCUUCGACUCAUUGAACGGCUUGAGCUAGCAGCCGAUGCGCAUGGGCAGCGUGCGCACCUGCAGGUCCUGGAGCGGAUGAGCGCCGUGAUCGGGAUUUUUCUGAGUGCAUGGGCUGGCUACGUAUCAGUCCGCGCCAUUUGGGACCUUAGCCAAUUCAUCGUGUCCUUGUUAGUGGCGCUCAUUUUCAGUGCGCGGCAGAUUGUGCAGGAUGCAAUGCCAUUGUUUACCGUCCUCAUCGCUGGGCUAUACCUCCGCCGCCUCUUGGAUAGCGCAACGCUACGCCGGGAGUGGCUGGACUUCCUUCAACAGUGGGGCUUGUCCAGGCAACUCCUGUCAGCACUUGGCUGCAGCGUGGCCGCGGUGGAAGUGUGUGAAUGUCCAGUUUGUGCGGAGACUCUGGAAGACAAUCCAUGGUCAAUGGUCAGCCUGCCCUGCUGCAAUCAGAGCUUGUGUUGGGCUUGCUUGCGACGUCAUGCGGAAAGCGUUAUUGAUGAUGCACGGCCUGAUAUGAAUUGCCCGUUGUUUUGCAAAGUCCCAGUCCCUGAUGUCUUGGUGCAUACCGCUUUUCGUCGAUACCAAUGGUCCUGGUCUGGCCUGGACGUGUUGGGACAGAGAACCAGUCGCAAGCAGAAGGCCUAUGAGCGUUGGUCUCUCUCAAGCGGGCUAGCCAGCAGCUGUGCGGCACGUAUGGAGGAUGUAGUGCACUGCCCAGGCAGCGAAUGCAACCACAUGUGGCUGCUUCCCAAGCGGUUGCGGCGCUCGAAAGCGUCGCAGGAGCCUGGAAGCCGUUGGGAUCCUCGAUCAUGGUCUGUGGGGCGUCACAUGGGCUUCUACGUGGCACCUUUGAAUGAUGGGGACGAUUUACGAUGCGUUCAUUGCCCCAGUUGCCAGGUGGAUUAUUGCCUGCUUUGCAGCCAAACAUGGGAAGUCUCAGGCCAAAGCCAUGAUGGCAAGUCGUGUUUAGAAUUCGAUUCUGCAUUGCCGCAGAGCCACAAGUCCAAAGAGCGGCACUGGGCAGGUGCAAAGGCCUGCCCAGGUUGUCAAGUGCGCACCUUACGUUCGAUGGGCUGCAACCAUAUGACCUGCACUCAGUGUGGCAUGCACUGGUGCUGGGUUUGCGGCCGCCCCUGGCAACCUUGGCAUUAUGGCUGUACAGCGAACUCACAAACUGCUGCGGACUGCUCUUUAAUGUGA